AUGAGAUUCGAUUCAGCUUUCCCCUGGCUUCUGGCUGCCAGUCUUGGCCUAGCAAGAGAAUCUCAAGAUGAGGAUGCCAUCGCACCGCCUAUGAUGAAGGGGAAAUAUGCCCCAGGCGCCUACAUUGCGGAGAUAUCCGACGGCCAAUGCAUCUCAAGCCUCGGGGCCCAAGGAGGUGUAACUAGUGUUGAGGAGCGCAUCCGCUUCGACUCCACAGUCUUCAAGGGCACGUCAUUCAACCUUGGAAUUGUUCAGAAGGAAGACGAAGAAGAGGUCGUACGCCAGGUCGGGGCUUCACCCGAAGCCAGAAACAUCUGGCCUGUCAAAGUUAUUUCAUCGCCCCAACCGAAUUUAGCUUGGACAGCCCAAGGCAAACCCUUGGUUGAAGUUCAGCGGAGACAGGUUGGCAAAGACGGUCAUUCGCCUCACAUCAUGACGCAGGUCGAUCGCUUUCAUGCUGAGGGAAUCACUGAAGAGGGUUUUCGGAUAGGUAUCGUUGAUACUGGCUUCGAUUACACCCAUCCAGCCCCAGAUGCCUCGUCGAGUUCGGCGCAAAUGUCGCCGGUGGCAGCUACGAUGAAAGUCAGCCACCCAACCCAGACGGAGACCCUUUUGAAGAUUGUAACGGCCACGCAACGCAUGUCGCUGAGAUCAUCGCCGCGCUGUAUAACCCGCUUGGCUUCAAAGGCGCCGCGCCUGGUGUCAAAAUUGGCAUGUUCCGCGCCUUAG